UAAACACUUAACCUGUACUUAAUAUUUUUAAUACGGUUGUUGAGUUUACACUAUAUCCGCAGUGCACAUGAACGCAGCAAUCUUGUUUAACACGUGAUCGGCUAAUGUUAACGGAGCUUUAUCAGUUGCAGAAUUUACGUGUUGUGGUGUGUUUUUGGUGGGGUCUGCCACAUUUUUCUGCGCCGUCAGCGACAAGCAAGAGAUUUGUAAUCACCCUUCUGAGAGGUGAUGGAUGUUGGCGCAAGUCCGGUGCUCUAUGAGCUGCUGGCCGAGAUGGGCCAGGGCUCCUUUGGCAAGGUGUACAAGGCCAGAGAGUUGGGUGAGAGAGGCCGCCUCCUGACGGUGAAGAAGUUCCAAUUCUGCAGCGAGUCGUCGCUGUCUUCGGGCAACAACGGCAUCCCGCCCCACAUGCUCCGUGAGGUGGCGCUGCUGUGUAGGAUGAAGUACUUCGACCACCCCAACGUCGUCAAGUUAUUGGAUGCGGGGGCCAUGCUUGUGGGCAAGGUGUUGGACCUCACGUUGGUGUUGGAAUACAUAGACCAGGACCUGUCCACUUACCUGUCCAGAGCCUCUCCGUCUGGACUUAGCCGCGACGACAUUAAGGCCGUGAUGCAGCAGCUGAUGCGCGGCCUGGACUUCCUGCACGUCAACAUGGUGCUGCACCGUGACCUCAAACCGGAAAACGUCCUGGUCAGCAGCAGCGGCCUGGUCAAGAUCGCCAACUUUGGCCUGGCUUGCUUGUACACCUUCAACACGGCUUUCACGCCAGGUGUUGUCACAUUGUGGUAUCGAGCUCCGGAAGUGCUACUCAACUCUGUUUACAUGUCAUCUGUGGACGUGUGGAGCGCGGGAUGCAUCUUUGCCGAGCUCUUCCUGCUAAAGCCGCUCUUCAAAGGAUUCAGUGAGGCGCAGCAGCUUCAAAUGAUCUUUGAGUUCAUCGGUUUGCCCGGCGAGGAUGAGUGGCCCCAGGACAGCCCCGUCGCUUACUCACUCUCCUUGGGGCCCAAAGAGCCCAGUCCCCUGCUGCUGCUCUCCUUGAACCUCGACGAGCGAGACCUCCUCCUGCAAUGUUUGACCUUCACGCCGAGCAGACGCAUCUCGGCCGCCGGGGCUCUUGCUCACCCCUUCUUCAGCCAGCACUGAGGGAAAGUAUUCAGUCUCUUACAUGUUGCGUGUUUACAAAGCUACUAUGAUCGCCUUAAAAUGGACACCUUUUGUUGAUUUUGUGGAACUUAUCUGUGGAGAGGCAGCACUUUAUGUUGUGAAAAACGAUGGCUUUGAGUUCUGAUCGCUGAAUUAUGUCACAGUGGAAUGUAUAACAUUGACUCUUAUGUUUACAACUGUUUAUAAUGAGUGUUGCAUUUAAGAGCAGUACAAGCCCUUUUAUGGCUGAUGUUGACAAAGCAGAAAAACAUAUUAAAGGAGACAGUAUUUUUCACAA